AUGGCAGACAGCGCCAAAUUGUUGGAGGCUCCGGCCGCUCACACUCGGGUCGCCCCUAUCUCGACACCUGCGCCGUCCAAGUCAAAAAAGGUGCACUAUCCAUUCUGGUUUGGCGGUUCCGCCUCAUGCUUUGCCGCCGGAGUGACGCACCCUCUCGAUCUAGUCAAGACACGCGCCCCGGAUGCGCCCCGGACAAUGGUGGGCACAUUUGGCCACAUUUUGCGCCAUAAUGGCUUCACAGGGCUGUACAAUGGUCUAUCCGCCGCCCUGUUGCGCCAGAUCACGUACUCUACCACCCGGUUCGGCAUUUACGAAGAACUCAAAUCCCGCUUCGCCAAACCGUCUCCCGACUCCUCGUCCACAUCGCCUGGAUUCUUCACAUUGCUCGGCAUUGCCUGUACAUCAGGGUUUAUCGGCGGGUUUGUCGGCAACCCGGCCGAUGUGCUCAACGUGCGCAUGCAAUCAGAUGCCGCCCUCCCACCGGCACAGCGCCGAAACUACCGUCAUGCCUUCCACGGCCUGAUCCAGAUGACCAAGACGGAAGGUGUUUCGUCACUCUUCCGCGGCGUCUGGCCCAACUCCACACGUGCCAUCUUGAUGACGGCAUCCCAGUUGACCUCCUAUGAUAUCUUCAAGCGCCUCUGCAUUGAACAGGCGGGCAUGAGUGACAAUGUGGGCACUCACUUCACCGCAUCCUUCCUCGCUGGCUUUGUAGCAACCACCGUAUGCAGCCCGGUGGAUGUGAUCAAGACUCGGAUCAUGACCGCAUCGGCGGCCGAGUCCCGCGGACAGAGCAUCGUGGGCCUGUUGCGCGAUAUCUGUCGCAAGGAGGGUCUUGCAUGGACAUUCCGUGGCUGGGUGCCCAGCUUUAUCCGUCUUGGACCGCACACGAUCGCCACGUUCCUCUUCUUGGAGGAGCACAAGAAGCUGUACCGAAAAUUGAAGGGAAUCUAG